AUGGCCAAUGUGAAGCAGGUGGGCUUGUUGGCAGCAGGCUGUCAGCCCUGGAACAAAGAUGUGUGCGCUGCUAGUGGAGACCGCUUCGCCUACUGUGCUACAUUGGCUAUUUACAUCUACCAGUUGGACCAGCAGUACAAUGAAUAUAAAUUGAGAUCCAUCAUGUCAGAACACAAGAAGACUAUAACAGCUAUAAGCUGGUGUUAUGACAACUCUGAUCUCUUUGCAUCGGCCUCUGCUGAUAACCUGCUCAUCGUGUGGAAUGUCGCAGAACAAAAGGCUGUUGCAAGACUGGACAACACUAAAGGUGUCCCCACAUCAGUCAGUUGGUGCUGGAACUCAGCUGAUGGAGUGGCCUUUGUCUCCCAGCGUGGUCCGUUGUAUAUCUGGGUGUAUGGAGGUCCUGACCCUGGGCUUACAGUGCAUAAAGAAGCUCACUCCUUCCUGUCUGAUAUCUGUCUCUUCAGAUGGCACCCGAAAAAGAAAGGCAAACUGGUGUUUGGACACACAGACGGAAGUUUGUCAAUUUUUCAGCCAGGGAGUAAAAGCCAAAAGCAUGUGUUACGUCCAGAGUCAUUAGAGGGCACAGAUGAAGAGGAUCCAGUUAGUGCUCUGGAAUGGGACCCUUUGUCAACUGACUAUUUGCUAGUGUCUAACCUCCACAACGGUAUAAGGCUGGUCGACAGUGAGGCCUUGAAUUGUAUCACGUCCUUCUGCUUCCCCUCAGCGGCUGCAUCAGUUCAGUGUCUGGCCUGGGUUCCCUCUGCGCCAGGCAUGUUCAUCACCGGAGACUCUCAGGUUGGAGUACUGAGGGUGUGGAACGUGUCUCGCUCCACUCCUCUGGACAGCUUUAAACUGAAAAAGACUGGCUUUCAUGCUUUGCAUGUCCUCAACUCCCCUCUCGCCAAGAAAGCUCCAAGUUCCUGUUCCCCCAGUAAAAGUCAGCACACCAGUUCUACUAGUGAGGCAGUGCCUCCCCCGACCCUGUCACAGAACUGUUCAUUCUCCCUGCCGCCUGGCCAUGCUGUGUGCUGCUUCAUGGAUGGAGGAGUGGGACUGUAUGAUAUGGGUGCCAAAAAGUGGGACUUCCUUAGAGACCUGGGUCAUGCAGAAACCAUCUUUGAUUGUAAGUUCAAGCCAGAUGAUUCCAACCUGCUGGCCACGGCUAGUUUUGAUGGAACUAUUAAAAUCUGGGACACAAACACACUAACAGCUGUUAACACCUCUCCCGGCAAUGAGGGAGUGGUCUACUCUCUGUCCUGGGCUCCAGGCGACCUGAAUUGCAUUGCAGGGGCGACGUCUCGUAACGGAGCGUUUAUCUGGGAUGUCAGGAAAGGAAAGAUCAUCACUCGCUUUAAUGAGCAUGGUAAGAAUGGUAUAUUCUGUAUAUCAUGGAGCCAUAAGGAUUCUAAGAGGAUUGCUACCUGUAGUGGAGACGGAUUCUGUAUUAUUCGGACCAUAGAUGGCAAAAUCCUCCAUAAGUACAAACAUCCUGCUGCUGUGUUUGGCUGUGACUGGAGCCAGAACAACAAGGACAUGAUCGCAACAGGCUGUGAGGAUAAAAAUGUCAGAGUGUACUACUUGGCCACAAGCUCUGAUCAGCCUCUGAAGGUCUUCACUGGUCACUUAGCUAAAGUAUUCCACGUUCGCUGGUCUCCACUCAGAGAGGGGAUACUGUGCUCGGGAUCAGAUGAUGGAACUGUUCGUAUAUGGGACUACACACAGGAUGCAUGCAUCAAUGUGCUGGGUGGUCACACAGCUCCGGUCAGAGGCUUGAUGUGGAACACAGAGGUUCCUUACCUCCUAAUUUCAGGUUCUUGGGAUUAUACAAUCAGAGUUUGGGACACAAGAGAUGGCACAUGUCUAGAUACAGCCUAUGACCACGGUGCUGAUGUCUAUGGUUUGACAUGUCACCAGAAUCGUCCUUUCACCAUGGCCAGCUGUAGCAGAGACAGUACAGUAAGGCUGUGGUCUCUCACACCCCUGAUCUCUCCAUUGCUGCUGAACAUUCUUACUGACCAGCCUUGGGAAAAGAUAAUAGGAAACACAGACACAGCUAUGGUUCCUGGUUCACCUCCCCUGCUUUGUGGUAAAGUAUCUAGAGACAUCAAACAAGAGCUGGACAAACUGAACUUAGACAUCAGGGCCAAGAAGCUACGCUGGUUCUCUGAAUGCUUUUCGCCUCCAGGAGGCACCAGUAACCUGUGGGACAUAGUGUCAGUCAUUAAUGGCCAGGAUGACUCAUUGCUACCAGCCAGCUACAGCAAAGGAGUGAUGCACAUGAAGCACCUGCUCAAGUUUAAAACAUCUGAAGCUCAGGAGCUGACUAUUGUGAGGAUGUGUAAGUUUGGAGGAGGCAUUGGAGCUCCCAGUAAAGAAGAGAGGCUGAAAGAAGCAGCCGACAUCCAUCUGAGACUGGGACAGAUUCAACGAUACUGUGAAUUAAUGGUGGAGCUGGGACAGUGGGAGAAAGCAUUGUCUGUGGCUCCAGGAGUUUCCAUGAAGUACUGGAAGAAACUCAUGCAGAGGAGAGCUGACCAGCUGAUGGCCGAGGAUAAUGAUGAUGUUAUCCCAUACUGCAUCGCCACAGGAGACAUAAAAAAACUUGUAACUUUCUUCACUGGCAGAGGACAAUUGCAAGAGGCCUUACUAAUAGCACAGGGAGCAUGUGAAGGGAACAUUCUUGCACCACAAAGCUCCCAAGUCAACCACACAACUAAUGAUAUGGAUAACAUACAACAAUACCAGAGCCUCCUCCAUAAGAUCUGUAAGGAAUUAGCCGAAUGGUACUUCCAGAAUGGAGGCUCUGUCCGGGCAGCAUGUUGUCACCUUGCUGUAGAAAACAUCAAGCUAUCCAUGUGUAGCCUGAUCCGGGGUAAUGAGCUGGAGUUGGCUGCAUGUGUGGGCAUUGUCAUAGGAGACAGAGCCAAUCAGAGCACUGUGUACUGCCUUGAACUCUUGGCCAGGAAGUACAUGACCACACCUCAAUGGGAGCUCUCAGCCAACUUACUGCAAAUGAUUCCUGACAAUUACAUCUUACUGGCUAAGCUCUGUGCAUUUUACCAAGGGAGUGCUGCUGAAAUCAACCAAUUACAUAGGAGGUGCGGCCUCCCUUCAGUAGACGAGUGUAAGGCCUUGGCAAAGGAAGCUAUGAGUGAAGGAGAUUUGUUUUCAGCAGUUAAAUUUCACCUGCUCAGCUCUGAACCUGAGAAUGCACUUCGGAUUGGGAUUGAUCAUAUUAAAGAACAGCUGAAUGGAUCUGAUUGGACAGUGGAUAGCAUUCAGCCAAUACUUGACCUGAUGAGUUACAUAAGAACAGAUCGCCUCAUCAUGGCCAAGCUGACAGAAGUUCGCAGUGAGCUGUUGAUCCUGUGUGGUUAUAUUGGAGGUUUGCUCGCCAUUAGAAGACAAUACUCCAGCAUUGUACCUGCACUCUACGAAUACACCAGUCAGCUGUUGAAACGGAGGGAGGUGUGUGUUCCUCUGAAGAUUGAAAAGUUGUCCUUGGAACUUGAUGCCUGGCGAGCCUGCACACAAAGUAUCAGCAAUCCUCCAUCAGAGUGUCAAAGAGAGGAGUUUAAUUGCCUGGAUAGAAGAAUCCAGCCAACAGACUCUGCUGCAUUAGUCCUGUGUGGAGCUGAUUAUGUGACAGGCUCCAAUCUGCCAAGCCACUCUGAUGUUCAACUGUCCUGUUUCACCGGGCAGAGAAUACAGGGUCCAGUGUUUUUGUUGGAAGAUGGUAAAUCGGCAAUCUCCCUUAAUGAUGCACUUAUGUGGGCAAAAGUCAAUCCAUUCUCCCCACUGGGAACAGGACUCCGCAUUAACCCCUUCUAG